AUGUUCAAGCUGGCCUUCGUCGCUCUUCUCUCCUUUGCCGCGGCCAAGCCCGGCAUCCACUCCGUGGCGUACCCGGCGGUCCCAGCAGUAGCACCAGUCGCUGCGUACACCGCUGCGUACACAGCCCCUAUUGCUGCCGCAUACACUGCUCCUGUAGCUGCCGCUUACACUGCUCCCGUAGCCGCCGCAUACACUGCUGCCGCGUAUACCGCCCCUGUCGCGGCUGCGUACACUGCCUACUCCCCUUACGCGGCAGCGUACACGGCUCCUGCGUUCGCUUACCUCCGAAAAUGA